AUGCAACAGCUUGACUUGAAAACAUGGUCUGCGAUGCCAUCCCUCGGGGGAACAGACAGCCGUAUGGGCACUUUUCGUCAAUCCCGUGUCACCGAAGAAGAUGAACACCAUAGGCUGGAUGCUGUACUCUCGCUGCUCUUCCCCUCUGCGGUUAGCGUGCAACAUUCGCACCCUAUUCUAGGUCAUGUUCACACGUUACGGCUCCUGGCACUGUCAAACGGGGCUCGUUUGUUGCUAAAAGGCUCCCCAUCAUCAAGAACGGCUCUUCUCCGACGUGAAAGAUCAUUUCUCGAAACCGAGGCCCAAUUUCUUGCCCUGCUUGGUCAGAGUGGAAACCCUUGUAUCCCCCAGCUCUACCAUUAUGACCCCCAUGGCAGAGUGUGGGGAUCUCCAUAUAUGAUUCGACAGUAUAUGAAAGGCAAGACUUUGCUCGAGAUGGAGAGCGAGCUCACUCCCGAGAAACGGGAUGACGUUGACCGCCACUUGGGUUUCUUGUCGAGCACCAUCGGUCAAAAUGCAGCACCCGGGUUUGGGUCUCUGCAGCAAGUGGCAUACGGGGCUGGAAGGCCCUCCUGGAGAGAAGCCUUUUGUACCCUCUUCGAAGGCAUCCUUCGCGAUGCCGAGGACACUCGCUUGGCACCUGCUCUCGAAUUUGUCACCUUACCACGUUUGGUGGUCGUCGACUUCGGUCAGCCCUCCCAUGUAUUGUUGAACGAGGAGUCUGAGCAGGUAUCGGGAAUUGUGGACUUUAGCAGUGCCCUCUGGGGUGACGUGUUGAUGGCAGAGAUCUUUGCAAACCCAUCACCGGCGGUUUUGCAAGGGGCAGGAAUGUCACCGUUUCGAACAAGGGAGGAAAAAGUCCGGCUGGUCCUGUAUGCAUGUUAUCGGCUGGUCUCCCAGAUCACUCUCCAAUAUCAUCGAAGCCGGGAUGAGACGAUCGAAUUCGACGCGCGGAGACGAUUGACAACCACCAUUGCGGAGAUGGCGAGACUUGAAUAGGUGUAACGUGGCAACUGCUUUGACUGGUUCAUCGCAUGUUCGACGCGAUACCCUUGGAGAUUGAGAUAUAGAUUGUUGUUCUCAAGCGAUUUGUUUCAGCGGGCCCCAUUUAUAGUUUUGCAUGGAAUCCGGAGUUUUGUCGUCCCCAAAUAUAUAGCAUAUGAUCAAAUAAAGCAGAUCUCCGAGUCAGUCCAAUUGCGAUAUACAUGUAUAACAAUGAGAACAGAACAAAG